AUGGGGCUAGAUGAGGAGGCGGCACAGCUGAGCAAAGGGGGUGGCGCCUUCAUCUUGGAGUGGUUCACCAGCAUCUUCUAUGGUGACAGCCAGAGCGCGCACGCCACCAACAAAAUACUGCAAGAGCUGCUGGUCUUCUACGUACUCGUGGCUGUCGGUUUUGGGGCGCUGAUCCUCAUGUGGCGGUCAAACAUUCGAUUGAAGGCGCUGAAGCGCAAGGUGGCGAGAGCGGUGCGGGAGCAGAGGGGCCGGAGAUUCGAGCCCCAGGACGCCGCGAGAAUGUAUGGCAUGUUUUGA